AUGGAUCUUCAGGACUGCGCCUGCACCACUGGUGGCUCUUGUUCCUGUGCCGGCUCCUGCAAAUGCAAAAAUUGGAAAUGUACUUCAUGCAAAAAAUGCUGCUGCUCCUUUUGCCCAGCUGGAUGCAACAAAUGUGCCAAGGGUUGUGUCUGCAAAGAGGCGCUAUCAGAUAAAUGCAGCUGCUGCCACUAA